AUGGAAAACUGUGAUGCCGGAAGUGGUAAAAAGUCGACGCGUGGCACAUCGAGCUUGUCGAGCGCACGAAAAGCCGCCAGCAAUUCGGGUGAGAGCCCGUUUUGCGAGACUCUACAGGAGGCGAUUCUCAAACGUGAUUCACACGAUGGCACAGCAUCGAAUGAGAACUUCACGUACAGUUACGUCGAUCCACUAUUCACCGCCUCACUUCUCUCAUUGUCAUGCUUCGGAUUGAUCGCUGUUGGACUCUCUUUUCUGCCUGGCAACGUUGCUGGCACAAUCGCUUUCUAUAUGUUGCUAAUGAUCUACACGUGGGCCCGGCUUCAUGGAGGGCAUUUGACGAGGAAAGAACAUCUCUACUUCGAUGAGACGAGCAUUUUGAUGAACACGGACGCGUUGCCGCCGAAAGGAGCCAUCAUCGAGUGUGAUACGCCGGCAGAUCCACAAAAGGUGCACAAUAACGAGGUGGGACGACAACUCAGCUUUUUUGAGUAUCUCUUUGCGAAUGAACGGGAUUUGGAGAUGCAAAGGUUCUACAAGCAGCAUUACGGCGGAAUGUGGCAUCGAGGCGCGCGCGAGAAAAAGGAAAGCGACAAUUUCAAGACGGACAACACUUCAGCAUCAGCCUCUUCAAAGCCACCGCCAUCCUCCUCAGCCUCAUCUCUCGUCACUGAUCGCACCCAAUCUAAUUCGACACAAUGCUCGGAAACAAAGAAA